CCUAUAUCGUUGUUCCGACUACGACUUCGAUCUCCACGUACGCUGCGCUUCAAUGGCGCUCCGUUAUCAGGAACCAAUCUCUUCUUCUUCAUCAUCAUCAUCACCACUAUCGCCAUCACCAUCGCCAUCAUCAGGAGUAGAAGAAGAAAGGGAAGAGAAACAAAACCCACGGACGGAGAGAAUGAUGGAAUUAACACAAGGAGAAAUGGAGGGGAAAGAUCUGCGAAUAAUCGAGCACCCGAGCCAUGAUCACCCACUGCUUCUCAGAGAAUCACUCCGAGGCGGCAGCUGCUAUGGUGGUGGAAGUGUCCCAGUUUACUGCGACGGAUGCAGGGAACCAAUCUCCUCCUCCUCCUCGUCGUCGUCGUCGUCGUCGUCGCCGUCGUCAUCAUCAUCAUCAUCAGGAGUAGGGGGAGGAGGAGAAGCAUUCUAUGCUUGCCCCAACUCCGAUUGCUGGUUUUUGCUGCACAACCGGUGUGCAGAAUUGCCCUCUAAAAUUGAGCAUCCUUCUCACCCGGAGCACGCCCUCACUCUGCAUCACUUUCGCUUGCAAUAUUAUCAUCGAUGCGAAGUCUGUCGCUCCGAAAUCAACGGAUUCAUAUACCGUUGUUCCAACUGCGACUUCGAUGUCGACCUACGCUGUGCUUCAAUGGCGCUCCAUAUCCAGGAUUGGGUCGAUGAGAACAACAAGAUUCACCAACACUUGUUGAUUCCCAUUGAGAUGGAAGUCCAGUUUCUGUGUACUGCUUGCGGUAGAGAACAUAAAGGCAAAUCCUAUCUCUGCCCCACCUGUGGUUUCUGGGCCAAUCAGAUUUGUGCUUCUGCGCCAACCACCGUUGACCUCCACAGCCACCCUCACCCCCUCACUCUCUUUCGUCCAGCUUCUCGCCGCCAUGAGAAGUGUAAAAUCUGCAAUGAGGAAGUGAAGAGAGCGUGUUGGGCCUAUUUUUGCUCGGACGGAUGCAAGUAUUCAGUCCAUGUAGGUUGCUUGCCGUUGGAGGAGGCUGAGAAUUGUUCCAACAAGGAUGUCCAAAAAAUAUUUCAUUCGGAUUCAACAAGCCAUAAAAUUGACAUACUCAUGUAUCCUAAAGAAGAUAUUAUCCUCCCUUGGCCACUGUCGAAUGAACCUGUUGAAGUAAUGACCCAAUUGAUCAAGAAACUCACCUCACCAGGAAGGCAUAAAAGAGCCACCAAGACCCUCCAUUGCAGAUAUGACCACCCGUUGAUUUUUGUUAACAAGAAAAUUGAUGAAUCUAAGGAUGAUCAACUAUGUGAUGGUUGUGCACAGACUAUCUCAUCCCAAUUUUACCAUUGCGCUCGAUGCAACUUUUCUCUUCACAACUGGUGUGCUGAGUUACCUAACGAAUUGCCACACAUAUGUCACCCAGAACACCCACUUCGCCUGUGUACACAACGAAGAGAACCCAUUUGCUCACUUGCUUCUACCUUGAUAUCAAAUGUGCACACUAACGGGCUUGUGCACACACGAACGGUUAUGGACCACACCUUUUGUGAUAGUUGUUAUAUGCAAACUAACGGGUUUGUCUAUGGUUGCUUCACUUGUGACUUCUACCUUGAUCUCAAGUGUGCUUCACUUCCACGAUUAAUCAAUCAUCGAGUUCAUGAUCACGAUCUUGCCUUCAGAAGGGUAAUGAACGAAGAUCCAUGCAAUGCAUGUGGAUCAAGUUACAUUAGAUACUUUAAUUUUUUAUGUGAAGGUUGCAAUUUCGGGUUGUGCAUCAACUGUGCUCUUCUUCCAUCUUCAGUCAGGCAUAGAUAUGACAAGCACCCAUUUGUUCUUACCUAUUCUCCUAUCAAAGGACAACCUGAUGAGUAUUACUGUGAAAUCUGCGAGGAGGACAUUAAUUCAUUGUAUUGGUUCUAUCACUGCAUCAAAUGCGAUCAAUCCCUGCAUCCGGAAUGCAUAUAUUCGAUUGAACGACAAGUGAUUCUGAAGUUUGGGGCGCGAUUCGAAGUGAAAUUUCACUCCCACCUUCUUAGUUUCGUCCACCGCCCCAAGGCGGGGGUCUUAGCCCCUUGCCAUGAUUGUGGCCAUCAUUUCAAAGAAUUAGACUACAUGGCCUAUGAAUGUGAUGAGCAAUGUGAUUUUUGGAUGCACCGUUCAUGUUUUUCUUCCUUUCAACAAACAAAGCUCACCACUUCAAUGACUCCAGCAAACUAA